CAUUCUAAUGUAAGCAAAUGAAAAUGUUAAAUGUUGGGCUAUUUUUAGGAUUUCAUACUUGAAGUUCUUUUGUUGUCUUUUUGAGAACAAGAUUAAAGGGAUUAAGUUUUUCUGCAAAAGAUUUAAGUGGAACAAAGUCUUGUGUGAGAAGAUGAAUUGAAUUCGUUAAAUUAGAUGUUGAUGUUUUCAAUUUUUGAAAAUGUACAACUCAGUUCGAACAGGGCAACCAAAUUUGAUUGUGAAUGAUGAUGUGGAGUCUGAUGAUGAAACAAGCAGCUUAUUGGGAGAAGCGCAGCAUAGAAUCCAUGAUUCUAGUUACAGCCAGAUUCAAGGUGAAUCAGGUCCUCCAUUGGUUAAAAUAGAACAUACCAGUCACGUUCUUGAGGUGGAUGGCAAUAGAAGUCAGCACAGCAUCAUAACUAUCUUCUCAAUGUGGAACACCAUGAUGGGGACAUCUCUACUAAGUAUGCCCUGGACCAUCAAACAGGCUGGUUUUAUCAAUGGGAUUAUACUGCUGGUCAUCAUGGCUGGUAUCAUGGCAUACACCAGCUACAGAGUGCUGGUAGCCGGUCGCACUGUCAGGGUUGGAAUUUUGGUGGAGUUUUCGGAGGCAGUCAGAUAUUAUCUAGGUCAUGUGACAGAGGUCAUUGCACUUUUGUGCUCGAUUUUAACCCUCAUUGGUGGGUGCAUCGUCUACUGGAUUCUUAUGUCCAACUUUCUCUAUCAUAUUGGAGUUUUUAUAUACAGUAGCACUCACACAGACCCUCAACAUCACAACAAAACAGGAGCCAGCACUUUUUUUGGUUCCGCCAGUGAUGUUACUUGUGACAACCAAACAGAAAUCAUCUCCUUCCAGAAUGAUCUGUUUGGCAAGGUGUGGGAUGAAACAAAAACGGUUCCGCUGUUUCUUAUUGUCCUUGUAUUUCCUCUCAUCAAUUUCAAGUCUCCAACAUUUUUCACAAAGUUUAACUCUUUAGGAACACUUUCAGUUGCCUAUCUAACCACCUUUGUUGUGGUCAAGGCUGUUUUCUGGGGGGUGAAUCUUGAUCUCAACACUGAGCACAUAGGCUCUGUUCACUAUAGUACAGUUUUUGAGUGGUCGUUUCCUGCCCUGACUGGGAUAGCUGCCCUUGCCUACCUGCUCCAGAAUGCUGUGAUAUCCAUUGUAAGAAACCAGAAACAUCCAGAAAAUAAUACCAGAGAUCUCCUCAUUGCCUAUGCUUUAGUGUGUAUAACAUACACAGUUGUUGGGGCAGUUUUCUAUGCCACAUUUCCUCUCCACAAGUCUUGUAUUGAAGAUAAUUUUCUCAACAAUAUUGUAUCAACAGACCUAAUGGCGUUUUUUGCCAGGAUUGGUCUGUUCCUACAGAUGAUGUGUGUCCUCCCUUUACUGACCUACAUCAUCAGGGCUCAGCUCUUACACUUCAUCUUCCACUCUGCCUGGCCAAGUCUGAAACAUGUGCUUGGUUUAAAUGUCCUCAUUGUCUGUGUGUGUCUGGUGUUUGCUGUCUUUCUGCCGUCAAUCGGUCACAUUAUAAGCUUUGUGGGUGGUUUUUGUGGAUUUUCCUACGCCAUCGCCCUGCCUUGUGCCGUUUACAUGAUGGCUUCUUACAGAGAUGGCAACUUGACCGUGGUCAAAGUCUGUUUACACGGCUUUCUUAUACUUAUAGGCUUCACUAAUUUUAUUGCACAGUUUAUUAUCAUAGGGCAUACUAAAUAAAAUUAAAU